AUGAAGAGAAAGGCAGAUGGUCUCGCUGACGGGAAGAAGCAAAUCAAUAAGCGCUCCAAGAACACUCUGAGCGAUGAGGAUGCCAAAGCUCGAUUCCGAAAGGGCCUCUUCGACAAGGCCGUUCUCGACAAGUACACUUCGCAGUAUGCCUCGUCAACCCCCUACAAGCACAGCGUGAUAUCCGAGCUGGUCGAUGAUGGCCUCCUGCGCAAGGUCCGCACCGAGAUCCAGGCCAACGUCCACUUCACCCCCAAGGAAACCGACAUCUACAAAAUCCACCAGAGCGGCGAUCUGGCGAACCUGGACGGCCUCGAAGACGAAGCAUUGGCGAAGCUCCCCUCCCUCUUGGCGCUGCGCGACGCUCUCUAUUCGCAGGCCUUCCGCGACUACGUUUCCCACAUCACCGGCUGCGGUCCCCUGAGCGGGCGCAAGACCGACAUGGCCAUCAACGUCUACACUCCUGGCUGCUACCUUUUGUGCCAUGACGAUGUCAUUGGCUCGCGCAAGGUUAGCUACAUCCUGUACCUGACCGACCCGGAUACGCCAUGGCAGCCCGAGUGGGGUGGUGCCCUGCGGCUCUUCCCUGUGGUGGAUCGAAAGGGUAAGGAUGGAGAGGUGGCCAAGACACCAUUGCCGGACGUCGUCAAGGUCAUCCCGCCAGCAUGGAAUCAGCUUGCCUUCUUCGCGGUGCAGCCGGGAGAGUCGUUCCACGACGUCGAGGAGGUCUACCAUGCCGCCUCAAAGGAGGAGUUGGAGAAGAAUGGCGGCCGCAUCCGUAUGGCCAUCAGCGGCUGGUUCCACAUCCCGCAAAUUGGAGAGGAUGGAUAUGUGGAGGGGGCCGAAGAGAAAGCCGCGCAAAAGAGUGGUCUGAUGCAACUACAGGGUAACCCAGACCAGCAUGAUCGCCCACAGGCGAAACCUGUUCCGGUCGAGAAAGGGGAUACCGAGGACGGCGACGACUUCCCCCUCGACGAGGCCGAUCUCGAGUUCUUGCUCAAAUACAUCGCGCCUACAUACCUGACCCCCGACACAAUCGAGCGGGCUGCCGACCAUUUUGAGGAGGAAUUCAGCAUCACCUUGCCUGACAUAUUGCACCCAAAAUUUGCCGAGAAGCUCCGCAGCUACGUCGAGUCGCAGGAAGCGAAGCAGCUGCCUGAGAAUAGUGAGGAAAUCGAGAAGAGCGCCUGGAAGGUCGCCCGGCCACCCCACAAGCACCGGUACCUCUACCUUCAGCCUGGCCAGGAAAAGCUGGAACCCUCGCCGUUGAAAGAGCUUCUCGAGGUAUUGCUACCGUCCAAGCAGUUCCGCCUCUGGCUUCAGAUGGCAACUCGCUCCACCAUAGAGAGCUACGACUUGGUGGCUCGGCGGUUCCGUCACGGGAAGGACUACACGCUAGCCACUGGACACGACGGCAAGCCGAGGCUCGAGGUCAACAUUGGCCUCACUCCUACCGGGGGUUGGGGCGAUGUUGCCGAGGAUGACGCCGACUCCGAAGCAUCGUCCGACUCGGAAGAACAGCCCCGCAGCAAAAGGGGCAAGAAGGCCGCUGCGAACGGCAAAGGGAAAGGCAAAGCAGACGUGGCAGAAGCCAAGUCCAAGGGCAAAGGUAAGGCCAUCGAUCAGGACGUCGAAGAAGAAAACGAAGAAGAGGAGGUUGGCGGUCACGAAGUGUACAUGGCCGGCGACGACGACAGCAACGAGGACGCGGCCAUCUACAAGAGCAGCGCGGAGGACGACAAUAUCCUGUUUUUCCAGGCGGCGGCUUGGAACAAGAUGACCAUCGUGUUGCGUGACAGCGGAACGCUCCGCUUCGUCAAGUAUGUGAGUGCCAGUGCCAAAGGCGACCGAUGGGAUGUCAGUGGCACGUUUGAGAUUGAGGAGCAAGACGAGGAGCCGGAUGAGGAAGUAAAUGAUGAGGCCUCUGGCGUCGGCGUGUUGGACGAGUCCGAGGAGGAGUUCAAUGGGUUUUCGGACAGCGUGGAGAGUGAUUCCGAGUAG